AUGGCCGCCAGCCGACCCGGGACCCGGGAGGACCGCCCCGGCGGCGCCCCUCUCGGCCUCCGCCCGAUACGACUCCGCCCCUACAGCGCCCACCUCGGGACCCGACCCCUCGGGACCCGCCCCCUACAGCGCCCCCCUCAGGCUCCGCCCGCUACAACUCCGCCCCUACCGCGCCCCCUCCGGCCCCGCCCCCUCAGGCCCGCCCCCUACAGCGCCCCCACUCGGGCCCCGCCCCGAACAGCGCCCCCUCCGCUCCGCCCCUACAUCGCCCCCUCCGGGCCCGCCCCCGACAGCGCCCCCUACAGCUUCCCCCCUCAGGCCCCCGCCCCUACAGCGCCCUCUCCGGCCGCGCCACCCUCAGACCAAUCUCCCCUCGGGCCCCGUCCCGAACAGCGCCCCCCUCAGGGCCCGCCCCCUCAGGCCCCGCCCCUACAGAUUCCGCCCUCCGGCCCCGCCCCCUACAACGCCCCCCUCAGGCGGAGCCGCCCUCAGACCCCACCCCUACGGCUCCCCCCCUCAGGCAACGCCCCUCACGCCCCGACCUUCAUAGCGCCCCCCUCAGGCAACGCCCCGAACAGCGCCCUCCUCUGGUCCCGCCCCCUCAGGCUCCGCCCCGAACAGCGCCCCCCUCAGGCCUCGCCCUUCAUCGCGGCCCCCCAGGCUCCGCCCUCGAUAGCGCCCCCUCAGGCCCCGUCCCUCCAGCCCCCUCCCAGGCUCCGCCCCGAACAGCGCCCCCCUCAGGCCUCGCUCUUCAUAGCGGGCCCCUCGGGCCCCGCCCCCUAUUGCGCCCCUCCCCCUAGGCCCCGCCCCUUGCAGCGCCCCCUUCAGGUCCCGCCCCUCCAGCGCCCCCUCAGGCAACGCCCCUCCAGCGCCCCCUUCAGGCCCCGCCCCUCCAGCGCCCCCUCAGGCAACGCCCCUCCAGCGCCCUCCUCAGGCCCCGCCCAGAACAGCACCCCUCUCCCGUCCGGCCCCGCCCCGAACAGCCGAGACAGCAAGUCCGCAACGGAUGCCUUCAAGGCCAUCAAGGAACACCCACCCGAAGAUGACGAGAAUUUUCCUCCCUAUUAA